AUCGAAAUUGCUACCCGACACCACCCUCCCUCUCGCAAGCCGGUCGGACUGCAGUCAAGGGAUGCACUUGCGAUAACAGCACCGACAUAAGUACCCCGAGUGUACUCCUCUGCACCCUCUCGUCAUCCAAUAGCAGCCAUGCUUGAAUUCCGAACAGCAGGCUUCAAUCCUUAUGCCGUCAAGUACUCGCCCUUCUUCGAUAGCAGGCUCUGUGUGAGUGCCGGCGCCAAUUUUGGGCUCGUAGGCAAUGGCCGCCUCUUCAUCCUCAAUCUCACCGACCGCGGCAUCGUCUGCGAGAAGUUCUUCGAAACCCAAGAUUGCCUCUUCGACACAGCGUGGUCAGAAUCACACGAGAACCAACUCUUGACUGCUGGUGGCGAUGGCAGUGUCAAGCUCUUUGACAUCAACCUCGGCGAGUUUCCCAUUGCCAGUUGGUCUGAACAUGGCCGAGAGGUCUUCUCGGUGCAUUGGAACCUGGGCCACAAGACAACUUUCCUCAGCAGCAGUUGGGAUGGCACUGUCAAGAUCUGGAAUCCCGAGUCCAAGACGUCGCUCCUCACACUACCCGUGCACUCAUGUGUCUACUCGGCCCAGUUCUCUCCUCACAAUCCCGACAUCAUCACCGCCGUCGCCAGAGACUCCCACCUCCGAGUAUGGGACUUACGAACUCCCGCAAGUGCCUCGAACCACUUAACCCUCGCCAUACCCAUCCACGCCCCUCCAAAGAUGACCCCCGCAAACUUCACACCUACCAGCGUUGGACCGACCGAAUGCUUGACGCACGAUUGGAACAAAUACAGAGAUACAAUUGUCGCAACGGCUGGUGUUGAUGGUAUGAUUCGUACCUUCGACAUCAGACAACCAAGUGGACCCAUGGCUGUCUUGCCAGGCCACGAAUAUGCUGUCAGAAAGAUUAGUUGGAGUCCACACUUGAGCGAUGUCUUGCUCAGCGCUAGUUAUGACAUGUCAUGUCGCGUCUGGACUGAUGGCAGCGCUAUGGGUGUGGAUCACGCAAAGAUGAACAUACCCACAGGACAAGGUGCUCGUGAGAUGGGACGUAUGGACCGUCACACCGAGUUUGCCAUGGGCGUUGACUGGUGCCUUUUCGGCGCAGAGGGAUGGUGCGCCACCUGCGCUUGGGACGAGCGAGUCUUGGUCUGGGAUGUGAGGGAGUUCAUGAGGCGCUGACACAAGCUUGACACCAAUUUCGAUUGAACAACACCAAAAAACAAAGGGUAUCAAAUGCUAUGCAACCAACUCUACCAAAGACGACCUUCCGAUAC